AUGUACAAUGGAAUAGGCUUAGCAACUCCCAGAGGAUCUGGAACCAAUGGUCAUGUACAGCAUAAUUGGGCCCUAGUUAAACCCACUGUCAGAGACAAAACUUAUAAGACCGAACAGGAACUAGCUACCCUAGAUACUGCAUCACAUAAACCACCUAACAAGGAGAUUUUGGAUCAUGAACGAAAAAGGAAGGUUGAACUUAAGUGUGCAGAGUUUGCAGAAAUACUAGAAGAACAAGGAUUCAGUGAAGAGGCAAUUACCAACAAGGUGAACAAUUAUCGAAAUAUGCUGAUGGGACAAGGAGGAAAAUUAGAGAAGCCACUGGAUGAAUGGGGAAGACCAAGCGUGACGGAAACGCACCAGGUGGCGGAAGCCCAGCAGGAGAAGAACGCCCGGCUGCGCGAAGCCUUCGGCAUCUCCGAGUACUUCGUCGACGGCAGCAGCUUCGACCCAGACCGCCAGGCCAAGGAGAAGGUGGCCGAGAGCAACGCGCUGCAAGAGAGAGAACGCCACCUGGCGUUGGAAAGAGAGAGGGAGAAGGAGCGAGAGAAGGCGGGGCGGUACGAGCUGGUGCGCACGCCCAGUGCGGAGAGAGAGGCGGAGGUGGUGGUGGUGGGGAAAGAAGAGGGCGGGGCCGACGUGAAAGGGAGGGGGAGCAAGAAGAAGCGAAGGCAGAAGGAGAGUUCAUCUAGCGAAGAACCAAAAAAGAAAAAGAAGAAAAAGAGCAAAAAGAAAGACAGAUCUGGUAAAUCUAAGGACAAAAAAAAGAAGAAAAAAUCGAAGAAAGACGAAUCUUCGGCAGCAGAAUCUGCUUCUGAAGGCGAAUCUGAAGAUGGAUCGAGCAGCGAAGAGGACAGAAAGAAGAAAAGCAGAAAGAAAGAGAAAAAGAAAGCUGGAAAAAGAAGGAAGCCUACAUCAGAUAGUUCAAGGGAAAGUUCUCCUGAAGAUCUCAAACGAGCCAAGUUGGACAAGAAGAAAAAAGAUUCAAAAAGAGACAAAACAAAAUCUCCUAAAGAACAUGAAAAACCAGAUAGACACAGUUCUAAACGAGAUAAAUCAGAUUCUCCGAAACGUCACAGAAAAUACGGUAGAUCUCCAAGAAGGCAUUCAAGUCCAGAAGAUCUGGAAGAAAAUCACAUUUCCAAAAAAUACAACGACGAAAGGAAGCGAAAAUCUAGGUCUACCGAAAAACGAAGGAGGUCAAUGUCUAGAUCUAAAGACAAAAGAAACAAAUCCAGAUCUAGAUCUAAUGACAGAAGAAAACACUCCAGAUCUAAAUCCAAUGAGAAAAGAAACAAGUCCAGAACUAGAUCUAAUGAUAGAAGAAAAAAAUCCAGAUCUUUAUCAGUGGAAAAACGCAGGAAAUCCAUGUCCAAGUCUCCAGAAAGAAAAAAGAAGUCAAGAUCGGUGGAGAGAAGAAAGAAAUCCAGAUCUGUUUCACCAGAGGGAAGAAGAAGAUCCAAAAGAUCAAGAUCUCGAUCUGAAAACCACAAUGAAAGAUCAAGACGAAGCAGAUCUAGAUCAGAGAGAAGAAGAAAGAGAUCUAGAUCUGAUUCCGUGGACUACAAACAGAAACAGUACAAGAAAGGAUCCCUUGAUAGGUACAGAUCAAAGUCAAAAGAAAGAAGAAGCCGAAGGAAAUCGAGGUCUCCCUCAAAAGAACACAUUCGAAAACGUUCUAGCAGAAGAUCUAGGUCUGUUUCAGAAGAAAAAAAAUCCAAGAAGACUGGCAGAAGAAGCAAACACACUAGUCCUUCACCAAAAAGAAGAAGCCCAUCUUUGAGUAGAAGGAGCAGGAGCCCUACACCCAGAAGGAACAGAUCUAAAGAUAGAUCUAGGGAACUGGAGAAAGAAAAAGCAUUGAAGAACUCCAUAAUAGCUCUUCUGAAUCCCGAUAGAGCAGCUGAGCUAGCUGCACCUGUGGAUUCUUAUAAGAAGCGCCGUAGCGACAGUCCCAGAGAUGACAGAAAGUCCAGAAGAGAUGAUAAGAUUAGGCUGUCAAAGUCCAGGAGUAGGAGUAGGGAUAGGAGUUCAGAAAGAAAGAAAAAACCCGAGAAAAUUCCAACCCUCCAGUUAGCUUCGAAGAAAAGGUCCUACACCCCAGAAACAGUGUCAAAACCCUCAAAGAGCCCUCAAACUUCAAGGCACAGCACGCCCGAACCGAAGGACAAGAAGAAAAAGUCCAAAUCCAAGAAACCCCAGCCUGUGGUGCGGCUGAGGGCUUCCUCCAGCGAACCAGAACCUUCGGGCAGCGAGCACGACAAGGACGAAGAGAUCGACGACAAAGAAAUGAGGAUGCUGCGCAUGCUCAAGAGCGAUCUGGCCGCCAAGGCGAAAGAAAGCCUCGAGAGGAAGAAGCAUCCGAGCCCGAAGCGGCCCAUAGAGCCGGACUUCUUCGACAUCAUCGAGAUGAGGCGGGAUGAGGCUAACAUGAAGAAGGAUGAGUUUGACAUCAGGAGGGAGAGGAGCGUUAGCAGGACGUACUUUGUGCCCGAGAGUGUCGAGAGGAAUAUGAGCAGAUCGUGGUCACCUACGGAUUUCCCGAAGAUCAGGAAUGGCCAGUCGAGGUCCAGUUCUUCUUCUUCGAGUGGCAGUUCGAAAGCGAGAAGUAGAGCUUCUUCCUCGAGCAGCAGCAGUUCCAAAUCGAAGUCCAGAUCGGUGUCCAGAUCGAGGUCAAGGUCGAGGUCUCGCAGCAGGUCCAGUUCCAGCAGUUCCUCUUCGAGCUCCUCCGGUACGUCGCGUUCGAGGUCGCUGUCUAUUCCAAGGCGGCAUGGGUCGCCCAGUUUCUUGGACAGAAGGAGGAUCACG